AGCUGAUGUUCUUAGAAACAAGCGCGCUAACAGGGGAAAAUGUUGAAGAGGCCUUUGUACAGUGUGCAAGAAAAAUACUCAAUAAAAUUGAAUCAGGAGAACUGGAUCCAGAAAGAAUGGGCUCAGGUAUUCAGUAUGGAGAUGCUGCCUUGAGACAGUUGAGAUCACCACGUCGAGCACAAGCACAAAGUGCUCAAGAAUGUGGGUGUUAA